GUAGCGCCUGCGACGGCUUUCGAGUUAGAGAGCUUCACAGCCGAUGAAGCCGAGCAGGUUGAGGAGGUCGGGCAGAAUACUGAGGAAGGCGAGGAUGAGGAGGAGCAGGAGGAGCAGGAGGAGGACCAGGCAGAGGAGGAGUGCGCAGUGGAAGAGACAGAGGAGCAGGAGAAGAAGGAGGAGAAAGCGGAUGUGGUCGAGGAAGUUGGCGACGCGGAUCCCGAGGAUUUGGUUGACGACAGCACAAUGGACAGGGAGGCUCAUCAGCAAGAAGCCCAUGAGGAACACAUCUCAAGCGAAGACGUCUAUCCGGAAUCCGCGGAGAAGAGAGGACAAGAGGUCGAGAUCCAGCUGCCGAAGGAUAAGCAGGAAAGCGAACUCCAGGCCAAGCGACAAGCAGAAGAGGAGAGGAAGACGGCGAAGCUGGAGGAGGCUAGGAAGCUGGAGGAGGCGAAGAAGGAAGCCGAGAAGGCUCACGCAGAGGCCGAGCAGAAGGAUGCGCAGGAAAAGAAGAAACAAAAGCAAGAGGCCAAACGACAGCAGGCGGCCAGAAAGACGGAGGCUGAGAAGGCCCUAGCCGCCCUAGCCGAAGAAGCUGCCAAGCGCAAGGCAGAUAAAGAGAAGAAGAAGGCGGAGGCCAGUAGAAUGGAGUUGCUUGCCGUGAGUAUCGCGUGGGAGGAGGUUCACCCGAUGCCCGAGAUGCAAGCGCCCGAGCCGGUGACACCCAGAAGAGUGAGGAAGUCCGCUGAAGGCCAUGAGGAUUGCGCCACUCGCAGCGUGCCGCGAUCCGCCAGGAAAGGGAGGUUUCUGGCUUUCGUGGCGAAGAAGCGCCAAACCAGCUUUGGUCGCAAGGUCCCUGAUCAGGCUCAACCCUCGUCUCGUGUUGAAAGCACGCCACAACGGGCACGAGGCACCUUGUCGCAGCUGAUCAUGAACCGUCGGCCACCCACACCACUGAAGCGGCACGUCAAGAAGACCACGCUGGUCUCGUGCGCAGAGCCACCAAGACGGGUCAAGGGAAAGCAGCGUCCAGGGCAGCGAGCGCAGCAAGCGAACGCGGCAAAACCUGCAGUCGACAAGCCAAAGGCGAAGGCGAAAGCCGCCGAGGUGCAGCUUGCAACCGACGUGGUAGGGGAGUGUGCACAGGAUGCUUACCAGAUCUUCAGCCAUUUCGAGGGCACCGCUGGCGCAGACCCCUCGGCCUGCCUGGCCCGCCUUCGCGCGCUGCGGGAGCUGCAGGGCCAUGCUCAGAUGGCAAAGGCCCUGGAAAGCUGUGCGGAGGCCAUGCUUGGCGCUGGUGACUGCCGUUCAAGCUUCUUGCUGGUCGAUGGCUGCCUCGAUUUGCUCGCCACGGUGGCUCUGGAGGCGGAAGCCGAAGAGAAGACUCCCGGCCGACUCUUAUCUUGGCUUGUGCAGCGGCUCGGAAGCGAGGCCGCGGGGGAUCGUGAAACGGGGAGGCUUCCUCCUCUGGGCGACCCCAGCACGCAGGUCCUUGGCAGGCACCUCACCGAAGCUGCCGGACUCGCACUGCUAGACCUUGCCAAGGACCGUUCUCCGCCUGUGCGGCUGGCAGCGGCCCGUGGCCUUAGCCGUGUCGAAGGUGAGGAUUUCCAUGCUGCGUUGCUACAUCUUGCCAGCCGCGAUAUCACCCCUGCCGUCCGCGCAACGGCAGUUCUCAGCCUUGGCGACAGGGGUGCAGCGGAAGAGGAGCCAGGAAAGCUGCCGGCCGAGAUCGUGCGAAUCGGAUUCCGCGACGCCAACGCCGAGGUUCGAGAUGCCUGCCAGACCUACCUGAUGAGCUGGCUGGCCAAGAAGCGCGAAGACAAAGGCCAAGCUGUGGAUCGUGACAUGAUCCGGCAGCUCGACGAGACGACUGCAGAGAUGGCUCUAAAAGUUGUCUUCGCAUCCCGGCUGCGGGGGCACAGAGGACCAGCCUGA